AUGACCGAGCGACUAUCCGGUUGGGAUCAGCAGAGGCCUGAAGCGCGAGGCAUCCCCUCGGAUGGCCUUGUCAAGGUCUACGAGGAAUGGGGCAACGGCGGCUACGGGUGAGUGUCUCCGUGUGCCAAUGCGCUGCGCGGCCCGACACUGAGACGGAAGAUAUCGUACUUUUGUUUGCGUGAUUGCGUGAUUUGCCGUCAGCAUCGUAUUGUCCGGCAACACCAUCGUCGAUCCAAUCAACCUCGAAGCACCUGGAAACGCCAUCAUCCACGAAGGCUUGGACAAACCCGAAGAGCGCGAAAAGCAGUUCAGGCGCUUGUUCAAAGCAGGCAAGGGCGCCGCUGGCAAGUCUUUGUUUGUGGUGCAACUCAGCCACGGAGGUCGACAAGUGGCCGACGCUCUGACCAAGAAUCCGGUCAGCGCCAGUGACAUUCCUUGUCCUCCCACCAUGGGCUACAACUUUGCCAAGCCUACUCCUCUUGACGAGGCUGGCAUCAAGAAGGUCGUCAACGACUUUGCCUAUGCUGCCCAGAAAUCCCACGAAUGGGGCGCCGAUGGCAUCCAGCUGCACGCCGCUCACGGUGCGUCCCCCGUCUCUCUGGCUGCUGCAAGCUUGCAGAGCGCCCGCGCUCACCCGUGCCCUCCCUCCGUUCACAGGCUACUUGCUGGCACAAUUCUUGUCUAGCACUACCAACAAGCGCACAGACAAGUACGGCGGCUCCCUCGAGAAUCGUGCGCGCAUCAUCUACGAAAUCUUCGAGGAGAUCGACCGCCGCAUUUCGGACCCCAAGUUCAUCAAAGCCAUCAAGAUCAACUCGGUGAGCAGCCUGUCCAACACUUGAACGAGCAUUGGCUCUGCGCAUGGAGAUGGUGCUGACUUGUACGGCAUUUUGGACGCAGGUUGAAUUCCAAGAAGGCGGUUUUCAGCCUGAAGAGUCUGCUGCUGUCUGCAAGCACUUGGAGCAGCUGGGCGUCGACGUCAUCGAGGUAAGUGCGGGUUUGACAAUUUCAACUUUCAUUCCAGCUUUUCAAUAACACAAUACCUCUCGUCAUCGCAGCUCUCUGGCGGUACGUAUGAGAGCCUCGCCUUUACGCACAAGCGUGAAUCGACAAAGGCUCGCGAGGGCUUCUUCUUGCAAUUUGCCGAGACGAUACGACAAGGUGUAUCCAAGAGCACGAUCUGGACCACAGGCGGUUUCCGCAGCGCCAAGGCAAUGGCAGAUGCUGUUCGACAAGGCGUCACUGACGGUGUCGGAGUGAGUGUGAGAUGGAGCAUCUCCCCUUGCCACUGCUCAUGCUCAUCGUGUGCAACCAACUUGUCUUCGCCUCACCUCAGAUUGCUCGACCUGCUACGCAAGACUUUGGAUUGCCUAGCCUGAUCAUCUCUGGCAAACUCGACGGGGCAAGAAAGGGACUUUUGCCCGAGCACGACUUUGGCAUCACCAACGUCGCUGCCGGUACUCAAAUCCGGCAAGUUGCCAACGGUAUUCAGCCUUUCGACGCUACCAAUGAGGAAGCUGUCCAAAAGUUCAAAGAAGAGGUUGGCCAAUUUAUGGAGAUUGCCAAGAAGGACGGAGCGGAGGGUGUCGUCAAGGCUGGUUACCCUGACCUUGCCGGAUCGGCUUACCAACCCAUCUCGUUGCUGUAG